GUGGACCCAAUCCAUGAAUAUUGUCUUCUGUUGGUUUUUGGGUGUAACUGUGUUUCUGCUUCUGGCAAACACUUUUCAAGGGCUGUUUUGGGCUACAAGCUAAUCCUCUCUCUGCUGAUUUCAUAUUUGAAAGAUUCUUAGCAAUGGCUGAAAAAGGCACAAAAUCACACACCACGUCAAAAAAGCCCAAAAAUCCAGCCCAGCAAGCGCUGGAGAAGCUAUUGAACCAGCUGUCGUGUUCGGUGUGUCUGGAGGAGUACCGGAGACCCAGAGUACUGCCCUGUCUCCACGUCUUCUGCGAGACCUGUCUGGAGAAACUGGUGGGGACACGGAGAGACAAACUGAGCGUACCGUGCCCCAACUGUCGCAAGCCCGCUCCUCUCCCUGAAGGGGGCGUGUCCAGCCUCCCCGCUGCCUUCUACAUCCAGCACCUUUUCGAGGUGAGGGAAGUCCUGGAGAAAGUGCGGGACCCGGAGAAGGCGCAGUGCGAUAAAUGCGGGGAGGGAGAGGUGAAGGGUUUCUGUCGAGACUGCGGGCAGUUCAUUUGCCAGCUCUGUCUUACCAUGCACGGCAAGUGGAAGGAGUUUCAGGAGCACGAAAUCGCUAGCCUCGACGAGGUGCAAGAAACGGCGUCGAAAAUGGUGACACCCAAAAAGGUGAGCUCCACGUGUUCGAAACACGCAACAGAGCCCAUCAAGAUCUACUGCGAGACGUGCGACGAGUUGAUUUGUCGCGACUGCACCGUCAAGACCCAUCGCGACCACAACUACGACCUCAUCCCCGAUGCCUUCCCGAAGCACAGAGAUGCCAUCCUUGUGUGCCUACGCCCCGUCAAAUCUGAGCUUGCUAGUGUAGGGAGCACCAUUGCACAGCUGAAGGCAAGAUCUAGCAGGCUAGAUGGACAGGGUAUAGAGGCAAAGGCAAAGGUGAAUGCUGAAGUAGACAAGCUCCAGGCAAUCCUAGAUGCUCGCAGAAGGGAGCUUCACUCCCAGAUAGAUGGUCAGGUGUGUCAGGGGAAGAAGGAGCUGGCGGCCCGACUUGACGGACACGAGUUGAGGCAGGCUCAGCUGAGCAGCUGUGUGGAGUUUGUGGAGGGGAGUCUGCAGAGUGGCACACAAGAGGAGGUGCUGUCGAUGAAGAGACAAGUGGUGGAGAGGGUACGGGAGAUGGCAGACGAGUUCAAACCUCAGCAACUGGUGUUGGGUCCAGAGAAGGAGAUUAGUGUAGUGUGUGCAGACUUGAGCUCAGCAUGUCGAAACUUGGGAGAGGUGAAGUUUGUUGAAAGAUUCCAGGGAACACAUGUCAAGACCAUUGGUGGGAUCAAGGCACCACGGCACAUUGCGUUUGCCAAAACUGGUGAAAUGGUUGUUUGUGAGAGGGGUUCUAAUUGUAUGAAAGUGUUUGACGGCAAUCAGAGAGAGCUGCGAUCAUUUGGACACACAGGACCAGAGGAAAGCAGACUUGACACACCACGAGGGGUAGCCAUCUCUUCUGAUAACACAGUGUUUGUGGCUGCCAGCCACUGCGUGAAGAAAUUCACUCUUGAGGGUCGGUUCAUAGCAUCAGUGGGUUCACAGGGCACUGGACAACUGCAGUUCCACGCACCAUGGGCCAUAUCCUACAACCACACUAACAACAGAGUGUAUGUCUGCGACACUCACAACCAUCGCAUCACAAUCCUCAACCAUGACUUGACAUUCCAUGGCAGCUUUGGUAGUAAGGGAAGUGAGGCAGGUCAAUUAAACACGCCUGGGGGAAUAUCUUUCAGUAGAAAUGGAAAUGUAUUAGUAGCUGACUUUAGCAAUAAUAGAAUUCAGAUUCUUGAUGCCAACGGACAUCACCUAUCAUCCAUCACUAACACCGGAGCAGGAGAGAGACUAGGACUACCAAUCAGUGCGGCAGUUGGACCUGAUGACUGGGUGUAUGAGGUUGAAUACAGCUGUGCCAGAGUAGCAGUAUUUGAUGAGAAUGGCAAGUACAUCAUGUCAUUUGGAAAGGGAGGGGACAAAGACGGAGAGUUAAAAAACCCAUAUGCCAUAGCUGCCAGAGAUGAUGGCUACAUCUACGUCAGUGACACCGACAACAAUCGAGUUCAAAUAUUCAAGUGAAACACCUCGAACACAACACAAUGCUAAUACAAAGAAGAUACAAUGGGAACGCAAACACUCACAUUAGAAUUAACGUAAUUAACCUAUUUUUUUCGAUUGGUUUAUUUUAUGUGCCUCAGAUUAUCUGUGAUGCAUUUAUACCUUUACACUGCCUGUGUUUCUGUAAUAUCGCCACAUCAUGCACUAGAUUUUUUGUAAGUCAUACCUAGUUUUGUUGAAGCUCUACUGCAGUAUUGUUUUUCGUUUUUCUUCCUCUACUGUAUCUAUGUAUUUUUUUUACACAAGGUUAGCAAAAUAUAUCGCAAACUGCUGUAAUCGGCAAGCGUACCUCUCAACGUCAGCGGUGGAUCUA